UAGCCAGUUGUUUGUUUUCUUGUUCCCCUCGAACGAAAGAUUGUGAGAAAAACUCAAUUCGCUUAAAAAAUUGUUUUUUGGAUUAUUUUACGGUUCUUCGAGAUUUAGCUUGGCAUAUUAUAACAUUUUGAAUGCCAUGAAAUUUAAUGUUAACGAUUAAGACAAAUUUAUUUAUUAAUUAAAUUAAAAAAAUAAGAAGAAAUCUGAUGCCAAAUAAAACAAAACAACUAAAAAUCUAGUGAAAUAAAAAAAAAACAUAUUGAAAACUUAGACCGAAUCACCAAACGAAGUAAUUAUAAAACCAAACUAAAAAAAUAUAUAAUUAAAAACAAAACAAAUUAACAAUUUACUCUGUGCUGCUGUGGAUUAUAAAAAAAGAAAACGUAACACAAAAAGCCAGAAGAACGUCGACAACGACGACCAAGUCAAACAUUAGAACAAUCAACAGAAUAAAUAUUUAUGUAUGUGUCGCUGUUGUUGUUUUUUGUGUUUUUAAUUUUCAUACAAACCAAAUAAAAGAAGAAAAAAAAAGCUCAAGGUGUACAACUACAAUUUUAAAGAGUAAAUAACUUACAGCGGCAGCAGUUAUACAACAACAGCAGCAGCCGCAACAACAAAAACGACGACGACUCACAAUUGAAAGUGUCAAUUAUACACAUCAUUGGCAGAACUCAAGCUUACUUAUUACAGCCAGAAACAAUCCUAGACUGAGGAAAAAAAAAUAAAAACAAACACUUGUUUUUUAGUGUCUAAGUGGUCUGGAUAUAGCCACACCAAGCCAAGCCAAGCCAAACCAACACAUAACAAAAAAAAAGCUAAGUAAACCACCACGACCAACAACAACAACAGUGGCAGCAGUAACAACAAAAGCCGUAAGAAAAAAUGUUGAGUUUAACGAUAUUUAUGCUAGCAACACACAUCAUAAAUGCCUGCUAUAGCACGCGCCUACCGCUGGAAGUCUACGAGCUGACACCCAACGCAGCAGGUGGCACUGAUUUGAAGCAUAAAAAUCUUGAAUAUUCCACAAUUAAUGGCGGCAGUGGCCAGCAUUUUCUGGCCGUUAAUGGUCGCAGCAAACAACAGCAUGUAUCAGCGUCAAUGGAGGAACCAGAAUUAAAGAUGUUAUCCUCGCACGACUCCAAGGCGACGGCAACAAAAACACUGACAGUGUCAUCGAUGGGCACGCCAUCGGCAGCGGCGACAACAACGACGUCCUCCACAUCGACAGCGACAGCAACAACAACAAAUCAAUUAGAUCGCAGGAGAUCGCGACAAAUGUUGGAUAUAAUGCAAAAAAACCAUCAUGAUCAAACAGGAAAUCAUAAAUUACCACCAGUCCUAAGCUCGGGUGAAGGAGCCGCAACCGGUGCCAGUCAUUCACAAAAGGAUGUACGCAUUUUAUAUCAAGUCGGUAAUUCCGAGGAUGAUUUGCCCAUUUGUGCCCCCAAUGCAGUUUGUUCGAAAAUCGAUUUGUAUGAAACACCGUGGAUCGAGAGACAGUGUCGUUGUCCCGCUGUCAAUCGCUCACCGGAAAUUAUUAUCCAUCAUCAUCACAAGGAGACCGUAUCGCAUUCCAAUCACAAUUCCGAAAAAUAUCAUACUUUCUAUGAACAUUCCAAAUUAGCGCAUCAACAGCAGAAUAAACAUUUGCUGCUGGACGCGGCUAGUUUUGUGGGCGACAAGAAAUUCGAUAAUCUGCACUUGAAGAAAUUAAUGCACAAAUUGGGUGCCGUUUAUGAAGAUGAUUUGAAUUUGCCAUCGGACUAUCAUCGACAUGAGGAAACUAACUCCGCUCUGGACGAUUCAAAUGAGGCGACUCUAUACUAUGCUGAUGAAAUUAAGGAUAAUGAAUUUCCCGCUCACUUUGCCAUGAAGCGUCAGCAUUUGUAUUCCAAUACGCCACAUAUGAGACAUUCGGGACAUACGGGUGGUGGUCAUGGUGGAAAAAUAUCCUACAUAGGCGGAUGUCCCAGUGGUUUGGGUAUUGAAGAUGGUCACACCAUAGCCGAUAAGACGAGACAUUAUAAAAUGUGCCAACCGGUACAUCGAUUACCAGUGUGCAGGCAUUUUCGUGACUACACCUGGACCCUGACCACAUCACCUGAAAUGAAUACGACGGAACAAAUUGUGCAUUGUCGUUGUCCGAAAAAUUCCGUAACAUAUUUAACAAAACGAGAACCUUCUGAGGAUGGCAAUGGAGGAUAUAAAUAUUUGUUUGCGUGUUCACCGUUGACGCGCCUUCGUUGCCAGCGCAAACAACCCUGUAAACUAUUUACGGUGCGAAAACGACAAGAGUUUAUCGAUGAAGUGAAUAUCAACGCUCUAUGCCAAUGUCCCAAGGGUCAUCAUUGUCCCAGUCAUCACACACAAUCCGGAGUAAUUGCUGGUGAAACCUUCCUGGAGGAUAAUAUACAGACAUAUUCGGGCUAUUGUAUGGUCAACGACUGAGAGCAGAUGUUGUGAUGACCCGCCAGCAGCAAUCGAACAUCAUACCAUCUAUACCUGUUAGAAUAGGAAACGCGCGCGCAAGAUAAUGAUUUUUUCUGAGAAAAUCGUUACAUUGUUGUCAUAGACAUUGUUUAAGUUGUAGGGAUUACGUUUUUUUUUUAAUUAUUUUUAUAAAUUAAAUUGUUCUAAGUUAUUCCAAAAAGAAACACACAAACAGAGAGCUAACAUGAAAUGAAGAGAACCCCCCCCAUUACUAACAAAAACAAAUAAAUAACAUUUUGAACAGGUUCAAAAUAUUAUUUUUUUUAAGUUUAAUUUUACCCCUGCUGGAAGAAAAAUCUAAAAGUUUUUAUUGAAUUAUUUCUACGACUGAGCCAUUAGAGUCUCAAUCCUAAAAACAAGAGCAUGAAAUUCGUAAAGAAACCCACAACACCUACAUGUAUCUUAACUACAUAUAUAAAAAAAACCAAAAUUUCUCUAAUUGUAAGCUUUGUUAUAUAAGUGCUCCAGAGAAAACACAAACACCAAUACAAAUAUUGAUAUAAAUUUUAAACAAACAAGUCUAAUUUAACUAUAAAUAUAUAUUGCAAAAAAUACCAACAUAAAACAAAUAUUUAUUACUCUUGUACAUAUAUAAUUUAAUACGAUAAUAUAAAUAAACAUAAUUUAUAUAAAUAUAAUGCCUACGAAACAAAAAACAAAAACGAAAAAGAAAAACAAUGUAUAGAAGAUAAACAAACUGAAUUGUAAUUACUAAUUAAACAACAACACAACAAAUCCGACAAAAAAAAACAAAAACAGCAACAGAAUCUUCCGUAAAAUAUUUACUCCACGAGUGCCAAAAUAAACAGAAAAUUAUUGUAAAAAUAAAAAAACACAUUC